CCCUAUCCCUAUCUAUCUUCUCCUUCUCGAUAACAGCGAAGCUCCACCAUGUCGUUCUCGGCCUCGCGGCGGCGCAAGCCUCCGCCGCUCUCCGGCGCUUUCUUCGCUCCUUCGGACCUCUCCGACAUCUCCCUCAUCCGCGCCCUCGCCAACGUUUCUGCUAAUAUACUCUCCUCUCACCGCUUUCACCGCCGGGACGACCUCUUUCUCCAGCGGCGUAACUCCCGGGCGCUCCUCUGGAAAAUCGAGAUCCUUCUCUCUUUCUUUGAAUCGCUCAUCGAUUCCUCCUCUCGCUUGCCGUCUCCGGUUUUGCUUUGCUUGAAAGAGUUGUACAUUUUGAUUCAUCGAUGCAAGAUGCUCAUGGAUUACUGCGUCCUUUGUGGCCGGAUUUGGUUGUUGUUGCUUAAUCCGCUGGUCUCCGGCCGGUUUCAUGAUUUGAACCUUGAGAUCUUGACUCUUCUUGAUGUUCUCCCGAUCGAGGAGCUCGACUUGAAUCCCGAUGUUCGGGAUCAGAUGCGGUUUCUCAGGAGACGGUGUGGGAAUUCGAAGCUCUACAUCGACGCCGACGAUGAGUUCCUCCGUUUCACCGUCUUCUCCUUUCUGAGAGAAUUCGAGAACGGUUGUGCUCCUGAUCGCUCUGAGCUGCAGAUGGUUUUGGUGGACCGGUUGGGGAUUCGAGAUGCAAGAGCUUGCCAAUCGGAGAUUGAGUUUCUGGAGGAUCAGAUCAACGUCCAAGAAGAAGACGCCGACCCGGCGGUACUCACCGGCGUCGCCGCUCUCUUUCGGUACUCCCGGUUCUUGCUCUUCGGUUUCGACGAACUUAGAAGCAGAGAAUCGAAUAAAGUCCGUGGAUUCAGGCGGUCGGAGAGCGACGCCGACGCCGGCGAGGUCACACUGGUGAUUCCCAAGGACUUCUGCUGCCCAAUCUCAUUAGAGUUGAUGAGGGAUCCAGUGAUCAUCUCCACCGGCCAGACUUACGACCGUGCUUCGAUUUCGCAAUGGAUGGACGAAGGCCAUUCGACAUGCCCCAACUCCGGCCAGGCACUCGUCCACACCGUCCUUACUCCCAACCAAGCACUGCGAAGCUGGAUUUCUCAGUGGUGCGCUGAAUAUGGCGUUCCUUAUGACUCUCCAGAGAGCUACGAAGCUUCAAUGCCUUGCUACAGCAGAGCCGCCAUUGAAGCCAACAAAGCCACAGUGUCUAUGCUUGUGAAACAGCUACUGAAUGGUUCACUGGAUGCCCAGACGAUAGCAGUACGUGAGCUGAGAUUGUUAGCAAAGACUGGCAAAGAGAACAGAGCUUGCAUUGCUAAAUUGGGAGCAAUCCCUCUGCUGAAGCCAUUACUCUGUUCAUCCAAUGCUGUGAUACAAGUGAAUUCAGUGACAACUAUCCUCAACUUAUCGAUACACGAUAAGAACAAGGUGGCGAUCAUGGAGGAGCAAGGGUGUUUGAACUCCAUAGUUUGUGUUUUGAGACAUGGAUUGACAAAUGAAUCAAGAGAAAACGCAGCUGCAACUCUGUUCAGUCUCUCUGCAAUGCAUGAAUACAAGAAGAGGAUUGCAUUGGAGGCCGAUGCUGUGGAGGCAUUGGCUUGUCUCUUGAAGGAUGGGAGUGCGAGAGGGAAGAGGGAUGCGGUGAUGGCUCUGUUUAACCUUUCGACCCACUCGGAGUGUGCUGAGAGGAUGGCUGAGUUUGGAGCUGUUUCUGCAUUGAUGGGAGCAUUAGGCAAUGAAAUGGUUGCAGAGGAUGCGGCCGGGGCACUGGCAUUGCUAGUCAGGAGACCUGCAUUAGCUCAUGCCGUCGGGAAAGAUGAUCGGGCGGUGAGUUCUCUGAUUGGAUUGAUGAGAAGAGGUACGCCGAGAGGGAAGGAGAAUGCUGUGGCUGCAUUGCAGGAGAUGUGCCGUAAAGGAGGAGCUUUGAUGACUCAAAAGGUUGCGAGGUUGCCGUCUUUAGGUGGAUUGGUUCAAUCACUGAUGCUCACAGGGACGAAAAGAGCUAGAAGGAAAGCAGCCUCACUUGCCAGGAUGUGCCACAAGUGUGAAUUGGCAGCUGCUGCUGCUGCACUUGGUGGUGUGGAUUAUUCAUUAUCCAGGACUGGUUCGUUGUCAGUCUCCAUGGCGAUUUCGGUUCCUGUGUUAUAGUUCUUGCUUCUCAUUUCUCAUAUUGUUAUAUUGAACAAAAAAAAAUUAUGUAUCAAUUGGCAUUCUUCCAUGUUGAAAAAAAUGUGGCAAAAUUAUGAAACAAAAUUUAUAAACU